AUGAGCCACAACAAAAUAGAACAGAUUGAGAAUCAAGCAUUUGCUGGAAUGACUUUCCUAUCACAACUAAAAUUGGACUAUAAUAAUAUUAGCACAGUAGCAGCUCGAAGUUUUGGAGCGAUGCAACGUUUGACAUCGAUAUAUCUGAAUAGCAAUAACUUGAUGGCCAUCAAAAAUGAUACCUUUUCUGACGCCGUCAACAUUGGAUCUCUUUACUUACAAAAUAAUCAAAUCAGAAAUAUUGACGAUCGAUCUUUCGCAUCUAUGAAAAUGUUACGAACGCUGUAUGCCAACUUCAAUCAAGUCUGCUGUGCUACACUCCCAUCAACAACAGCAUGCUCAGCAGGAAGCUGUGCCAAUAAUGCAACUAUCUCCUGCAAUAGUGUAACAGUAUCAAGUACUAGAAUUACAAUGAUCGGAACUGGUACCAUUGGAGCUGCAGUGUCGUCAAAUAUGUUAAAUAGCGAGAUCCCUGUAAUUUUAGGUUCUCUAAUAUUAGCUUUGUUACUGCAACGCUAA